AUGGCGGGGCCGGCGUGGCGCGCGGGGGCGCCCUGUGGCCCCGGCGGGGGCCUGUGGAGAGGUAGGCGUGGCGGAAAGGGCCUGGCGGUCGAGGUGCGCGCGGGAAAGAAGUACCACACCGUGAAGGUGGACAGGCAGGAGCUGGCCCGCCAGGCCAAGCGCGUGCGGCGAGAGCGAGCGAUGGUGCCCGCGCGGCGGGGCAACUCGGGCGCCUACGUCGCGGAGGCGAUCAGGCCGCGGCGGGAGAAGGUGGAUGUGCCGCGGCCGGGCGAGCAGGUGCUCGAGAGCGCGGAGGCCGUCCUGUCGAUGGCUGCGGAUGCCUGGGAGGACCUGCCGUCGCGCUACCGCGUGGUGGCGGCGUCCUCGCUGGCAUUCGUGCUGUGCAACCUGGACAAGGUCAACAUGAGCGUGGCCAUCAUUCCAAUGGCGCGCCAGUUCGGCUGGGGCGCGUCGGUGGCUGGCCUGGUCCAGUCGGGCUUCUUCUGGGGCUACAUUUUGUCCCAGCUGCCCGGCGGCUAUCUGUGCGGGAGGUUCAGCGGCAGGAAGGUGUUGCCGGUGGGCGUGGGGCUUUGGGCGCUGGCCACGGCGUCCGUGCCCGGCGUGGCGGCCAGCCUGCCCGGCCUGUGCCUGUCCCGGGCUUCAGUGGGCCUUGGUGAGGCCGUGGCGCCGUCCGCCAUCACGGACAUGGUGGCGCACUGCGUGCCCAGCGGCGAGCGCUCGCGGGCGAUCUCCUUUAUCUUUGGCGGCCUGCACGUGGGCAGCAUCCUGGGCCUGCUGCUCGCGCCCGUCCUCAUCGAGCACUUCGGCUGGCAGAGCGUGUUCCUGGUGUCCGGCGCCGCGGCGGUGACAUGGGUGGUGUGGUGGGAGCGGCUGGUGGCGGACAUGGCGGCCACGGAUCCGGAGGUUCACGGGCUGAUCACGCAGACCACUACCGUUCGGACGGACGGUCAGGCCGCUGCGAAAGGCGACCCCGCUGCGAAAGGUGACCUCGCGGAUGCGCACGUGCCCUGGCGGGCCAUCCUGAGAUCCCAGCCCGUCCAGGCGCUCAUGUUCACCCACUUCUGCAACAAUUGGUUCCAGUACACCUUCAUGGCCUGGCUGCCGUCCUACCUCACGGACACCCUGAGCCUCGACCUCGUUCAUGCAGCCCAGGUGGCGCUGCUGCCGCCCAUUGCCGGCAUAUUGACUUCAUCUGUGGCGGGCCCAAUGGCUGACUUUCUGGUGGAGCGCGGGUGGGAGACGUCGGUCGUGCGCAAGCUGGCACAGUGCAUGGCCUUCCUGGGGCCUGCGGCAUGCCUGACGGCAGCAACCCUCACGGAAGACAGUGUGCUCAGGGUGGGCCUCAUCACAACCGCCCUUGGGCUGUCGUCCUUCUCGAUGGCGGGGCUGUACUGCAACCACCAGGACCUGUCCCCCAAGUAUGCCAGCUUCCUGUUGGGCCUGACGAACACCACCGGCGCUGUGCCUGGGAUCUUUGGUGUCUUCUUUGUUGGCUUCCUGCUGGAUCAGACGGGCUCUUGGCCCAUCGCGUUGUUCAUUCCGUCCAUAUUGUCAUUCAUCGCUGGGACGUUUGUCUUCACAAAGUAUGCCAGCAGCGAACAGGAGCUUUUUGACAACGAUCAACCCUUUGAAUUGGAGAGGCGGCUGGGGGCACUGUUGCCAUGGACGGAGUGA